AACUUCACAUACGGGCAUUUCACACGCCAUUUUGGAAGUACACCUCGACGCGCAAUAAAUUAUAUAAAAAGCGAGAAAGCUGGUAAAUAGCAAUGGGACGAAAAAAGAAGAAGCAAUUAAAGCCCUGGUGCUGGUAUUGCAACCGAGAAUUUGAUGAUGAGAAGAUUUUGAUACAGCACCAAAAAGCUAAACAUUUUAAGUGCCAUAUUUGUCAUAAGAAGUUGUAUACAGGUCCAGGUCUUUCAAUUCAUUGCAUGCAGGUUCAUAAAGAAAAGAUAGACAAGGUUCCCAACUCAAUUCCUGGGAGAAACAAUGUAGAGAUUGAGAUUUAUGGAAUGGAGGGUAUUCCAGAGCAAGAUCUCAAAGACCACGAAAGGUUAAAAAACAAUAAAGCGCAAGCAGCUCGGGGUGAUGAUAGUGAUGAUGAUUCCCAGCCGGGUGCCACUUCCUCCCCGGCCACAUCAGCCGCACCACCAAUGCCUAUGCCCCCAGUAAACAUGGGCUUUAUGGGCAUGCCCCCCAUGCCACCACCCAUGGGAAUGGGCCCAAUGGGCAUGAGGCCAGGAAUGGGCCCUAUGGGAAUGGGGCCUAUGAUGGGAGGAAUGCCAAUGCCACCACAUCCAUUCAUGGGAGGUCCCGGCAUGCCUGGUUCUGUGGGCCCUAACCCACCAAUGCCCAUGCCACCAAUGUCAGCCCCUUCUAAACCUCUCUUCCCUUCAGCUGUAGCUUCAUCGACUGCCACAUCAACUCCCAGCAUGCCUCCCUCCAAGCCCACCUUCCCCUCGGCAGCUGCUGUCAGCUCCACAGAGAACUCUACUGCAGGGGGAGCCACCAUCACGGGUGCCCCUCAGAUCAAGAAGCCAGAGUCCAGUACAGGUUUGAGUUCCAGGUUGAUGCAUCCUGAUGAGGAUAUCUCACUGGAAGAGAAAAGAGCUAGGUUACAAAAAUAUGCUCAUUAUAAGAAUAAGGGGAUGGGAAUGGCAACUUCACAGCAGGGCAUGGGACCUACAUCAAACAUGGGUAUGCCACCUAACUCAAUGAAUAUGGGAAUGGGUAAUCCUGGUAUGAGACCACCCAUGCCACCUCCGCCUGGAAUGAUGGGUAUGCCAAAUCAAGGCAUGUACAAUAUGGGAUUCCCUCCGCAAAGACCCCCAAUGUAUGGUGGAGGAAGAUACUGAACAGUUCGGGGUCCAGAGAAACAUGGGGUCUAACUUUGUGCUACCAGAACUGUACAAGUAUUGCAGAUAAGUGCAAUCAUUUCAUGCACUCAGUUUCGCAUAGAAAAGUGCAUGUGAUGUACGAUUAAUAUGUCAUAUAUUGUGGUUAAAUAAUGUCUCCCGUGUAAUAAUAGAAAACACAGAGCUGAAUAAGGUAAGCCCUGUGAAAUUUCGUAAACUGUGAACAUUUCCACUGUGAAUGUGAGCAGUAUGGUGGUAAGUGGAAUGGAAACAAUAUUUUUAUCCAAUAUGUAAAUAAUUUUGUUUUAUUGUUCGCUCUACUGUCUGAAGAUUCUAUUUUAUAU